AUGAGCAUGGACUACAUCUAUGACUACAUGCUGCACCUGCUCACCGAGUAUGCCAAGCUGCUCCGGUACAAGCCUACCAUACCGGAGAACGCCGUGGAAAUCUGCACAGAAUCCAUGGCCUGCCCCGCACAGGGCCUGCACCGGGACUGCAUGAUGGACUCCAUGGAGAGGAACGUCGCAGGCUUCGACCCAUGCACACUGCCGCCACCAUCACCGCUGAGGAGGCCAAGGUAA